ACAGGCGCAGACUUAUAAGAGACCAGAGCACAGCAAAGAAAAUCUCAAUCAGAAGAAUGGAUCGCAGUCAGAAUCCACCUGAGAAGUCUGUGAUGUUGCAGCCUCAGCCUCCACCUGCAUACCAGGACAAUCCUGCUGCAUAUCCUCCAUACUAUCCAGGCCAGUCGUUCCCGCAGGGCCCCUAUGCUCAAGGGUCACAUCCAGGACAAGCGGUGGUCUCUGUACAGCCAACGGUUUUUGUGACCGCUGCUCCACUGGUCAAUCCACUGCCAGAUUACCUGAGUUACUCCAUCUUCACUACGCUUUGCUGCUGUUUACCUCUGGGCAUCGCAGCACUGAUAUUUUCCAUCUCUACUCGAAACGCCAACCAAAAUGGACAGCGUGAAUUGGCAGAGAAGAACUCUGAAAAAGCACGCACCCUGAAUCAUGUUGCAGUUGGUCUUGGCAUCGUUUGUUUAGUAUUGGUUAUUACCAUUCAAGUUGUUAUGGUCAAAAAUGCAUAUAACCACAACUAUAAAUAUGAUAUCUAUAAAUACCAGAAAUGAGCUGCUGUCAUGGCUGGGUUUGAUUCUCUUCAUUUAAAUGCUAUUUUGUCUACAGUCACCCAGUUAAAAGGAAUGCUUUAAGGCUAGACAUUUAGAGCAAUAAUAGCUUUGCAUGGUCAAUCAUGAAUAAAAUAAUUAUUUUAAUAUUACUGUACUGCUUUUUACCCCAAUAUGCUUUCUGUUCUCUUUAUUUCAAAGUUUUGUUUAAACCUUUUGCUUUUG